AUGGGCUCGGCAUGCAUCGAGCGGAUUCACUCGAUUGGCCGAGGUUUGGACGCGAUGGCGCUACUGCGAGUGCUAAAAGGCGCCAAAGGAGUGAUUGGUAGCAAGUCCGCCGCCGCGCCGCCCACUCCGUUGUGGUUCGCGUUUGUACCCAAGGACGCGGCUGCGAUUCCGGCUCAGCUAAGGGUCAAACAGCCGAACCCCGUUGAUGACCCCGUCCAACAACAGCAACAGGCGAAUCCCGUUGCUGCCAGCAACCCGCCGGCAACACUGCUGCUCUACGAUGGCACGGUGGAACCAUCUACCACCUUUCUCAACACCGUGGCCAACCUCGACCCCGACUAUGACCGUAUCGUCUGCAUGGGGCCUGAACCCAUUCGACAAUAUCUUAUCCCACAAAUUGUACGUGAAGAGCUAGAAGUACCCCCAGCCCUUUUGACCUAUUAUGAUCUGAGUAAAGUUCUUACUAGUAAUUCCGAUUCUUUCACUAUUCCUAGCUCUGAUGUGGAUUUUGACGAAGAAGCUCGAUUGAUGACCUCGCGACUAGAGAUGUUAUCUGAAGGUUUGUCGUGCAGCUUUUUUCAAUAUGCAUUGACCCGAAUCUGA